AAAAGGAAUUUGCAAAAGCUCCACUUUACGUAAUGGUGCUUGUGUGACUUGAAGUCGCGUACGGGCCCGUAGAAAAUGUUAGUAUAGCUUUAAAAAUAAUAAUAAUUUAAAAAAACUACUCCACAAACUGUUAGAAUCCAACAGGGUCGUCUUCCUGAACCAGAAGACUGCUUGUUAUUGCUCGCUUGGGCACGUAAUCGUGCAUUUUGUAUUUGGCUUCCCUGUCAUGUUGCGGAGGCGUGAAAGAGAGACCUCAACAAAUGAGGAUAUCGCCAGACUUCUGUGAAGUGUUUUCAUGAUUUAACGACAAUGAGAGGUCGACCAAGGAAAUCAUGCAAAGGGGAACCAACUAAGACGUCAAGACAAAAAUGGAACCUUCGUGAUAUUCCCUCCCUGGCCACAGAAGAAACAAGUCCUGUGUCAGGCAGUAAUUCCUCCACUGAAAAUCAGUCCACUGCGUGUUCCUUACAAUGUGAAUACACCCCAAAAAGACGCAGAAGACACCCAAGAAAAACACCAGAAGCCUUAUUGACGUCCACGCCUUUGCACAGUUUGUCCACCAGUCGACUGCCCAGUGUUUGCAACAAUGUCUUUGAAGCAGAGGGCGGGAAUGAUAAGACAUCAGAGGUUGCGUCACCACCACCCUAUUCGUUGAGGUCCCAAAGCAGGAAGAGAAGCAUAGGGGCCACCCAUUCCAGACAACUUAGAAAAAAACUACCAACGACGCAGGCCGCUUUGUCUUCACCGAAACAUCGCUGUUCCAAGAAUUUGAAAAAAGGGACCAUCACUGCUUCGUCAGUUGAACCCUCACGACCAAGAUUUGAACUAAAGGAAGAUGAGUCUGUGCUGUCGCCUGAUCUGUCCAUCAAGUUUGGUGACUAUGAGGGACUACUGCCUCUUUCAGUCCUGGAAGAUGAGGAAAGUGAUGAUGAAGAGGAGCUGCCAAGCUUCUUGAUGCAGACAAGGCCAGAGUCUAUCGAAGAGGGAGUGUUUGUGUGGUGCAAAUUUAGACACUUUCCUACAUGGCCUGCGCUGGUGAGACAUGUAAAUCAUAAGGCAAAAAAGGCCAGCAUUAUUUUCAUUGAUGAUCAGAUGAGUCGACAAAAACGGGGGAUUAUUGUGCCUCUGAAAUCCCUGAAGCCCUUUGACUGUGAAGGAGCUGAUGAGUUGGCGGCUGAAGCCAAAGAAAAGUAUGCCGCUAUGAUGCAUUGGGUCUUAGAGCUGAUAGCAGACUACAGAAUACGCAUCGCUUGUGGCUCCUUUUGUGGCCCCUUCCUUGAAUACUUUAAUCAUGGCAUGAGUUAUCCCGUGAGGAGAAGGCGCCCGUGGGCCUCCUCAGAGCAACAAACCGUUGUGAGUGAUUUGCUGUUAGAGGAAGAGGACCAGUGUGUGAAUCCCAGUAAAGGUUGUGAAGAGCAGAAGCAAGAGGUGGUCAACAAGUGUGCCAAAAGGUUGCUGCCAGACCGGACACAAGCUGCACACAACCGGGCCAACGAAAGGCUUGUGCACUUUAUCACCAAGCGGCGCAUGGUGGAAGAACGCCUGCUGGCUGUGAUUCGAGGUCAGGCGCAGUCGCGGUGGCGCCGCUAUUUUGAGAGCUCUAACGGGAGCCAUUUUGGAGUGGAGACUUACCUGGAAGAUAAAACGCAGUUGGACAAGAUGUACAGUUACCUGCGCAAGCUCUACGAGACAGCUGCGCCCACAGCUCCUGGGAAGAUAGUGGCCCAAAACAUGAAGCGCAUUCCAUUUGUUUUGGAUGUGCUUCUUCCUGAGGUAUGGCAUACUGGUCUGGGCCUAUUAGAAGUGUCAAUGUUUUUAAAUACAUGUUUGUUUUGUAGGCUAUCACAUAUGCCAUUGCUGCGAUGGACAGUAUCCCUAUAAAAAAGGCAGAAGAAAAGUACAUAAAAGGACGCUGUUUAAGUAAUAGGGAAAUACAACAAUAUGACUUGAUGAUUGAGCGGUUCCGUGUGAGAAAAUCCUAGCAGCUGAACACUGAGUGUAUAUAUAAUGCUUUAAAGUGCCAUAUCUAAGUUCAUACAACAAACAAAGAAAGCAACAAAUUGGAAAAAAAAAA